CCGUCAAUCACUCACAGAUGUAUUCGACUUUCGAGGUGGUCCGUCAACGCAAACAACGCAAGUAACGCAAAUAUAAAUUGCACAACUAACCCUUCAAACGCACGUUCGUUAUAAUGAGAGCGUCGCACGAUGGUCAUAUGCUUGCGUCAACGGGCAACUCGAGGCGAAUGUCGUAUAUAAGAGAUGAUGCGCAAACGCCUACGACAUCCCAAUCACUGGAACAUCCAUCUGUAGACGUUACAGCGCCAGGAUGCUAUCCAAACUUUAUAUUCUGCUGAUCUCCAGCGCUGUCUUCAGCGUCCAUACUCACGCCGUCACCGUCUUGGCGCCUACAGGUCCUGUGACCGGACGAACUAGCACAAAGGGAAAUUUCGCCUUCCUUGGAAUCCCAUUUGCAGAAGCUGGGAGAUGGGAGGCACCCUCAGUGGUGACCCCAUGGAUAUCUCCUCUCGAAGCAUUCGAGUUCAAGCAAAGCUGUCCGCAGAUAUGCCAGGAUGUUCUGUGUCCGGACAGUAUUGGCGAAGACUGCUUGUUCUUAAAUGUGUGGACGCCUGCAGCCGACUCAUCAAAAAUCCAGACCACGUCGACACCGCUUAGCAAUCCACAAACUCCGGUUCUCGUUUUCUUUCAUGGGGGCUCUUUCGACAUCGGUGGUGCUGGGAUGACUGCUUAUGACGGUGCGGAAUUGGCCGCUGCGCUGGGGGUUGUAGUGGUGACAUUUAACUACCGCCUGUCGGUUUUUGGCUUCUUUGAUUUCGCCGGUGUUGAUCCCAGCGAUACUGCCCCCUCAGCAGUGAAUUUUGGGAUUCUGGACCAACGGGCGGCUUUGACAUGGGUGCAAACCAACAUUGCCUCCUUCGGCGGCAAUGCCGCAGACGUUACGUUGCUAGGACAGUCAGCAGGGGCGCAAUCUAUUUUACUGCAACUACUGCAGCCGUCAGUUCGCUCGACUAUCAAGAACAUAAUUCUCAUGUCUCCCCCUGCUCUAAGCCUUCGCACCUCCCAACGGGGUCGCGCACAAGCAGCUGCCGUUGCUAAGAAGCUCGGUUGCUCUUCAAGAUCUUGUCUGAAUCUUCACUCCAUGCGAGACAUAUUGACUGCAAAUGCGGAUGCCUCAGACUCGGACUACAGGACGUUGUCAGGCGUUUCUUUAGGAGACAUGACACCCAUCGUGGACGGGGUCGAUAUCACGAUGAACCCGUAUGAUGUUCUCGGUCGAGAUGAUCUGCUUGGCGGCCUCCGGAUAGUGAUUGGAGGUGUCUCGAAUGAAACUUGGCUGAUGAUUGACAAAGCGAAUCCAGGGAAUCUUAGCACCCCGCUUUUCAAUGUGAUCAUGGAAGCAAUAUACACCCCGCAUGACGAGGUCCUCCGCAAUGUCUACGAUGCUGACAGCCCGGGGUACCUAGCGUCGCGGAAGCCGGUCCUCACGCAGAUGACGUCCGACUGGAUAUUCCUUUGCCCACAGCGGAAAGUGUUACAAGCGACGUCGUCUACCGCUCGCGUGUGGGCGUACAUUUUGGAAGCACCAUGGCUUGGGGGAAGUGACGAAGCGAUUGGAAACAUUUGCGAUGGAAAUGCUUGUCACACAACGGACUUAAGCUAUCUCUUCAGGACACCGGGUGAUUGUAAGGGUUGAUGUGGUAGAACACAUUCCCGGCUUGUUCUAGCUAACAAGAUAUUUUACCAGCAUUGUCCCAGAGUGUCACUUCAUCCUUCCGGUCUUACUUGUCGGAUUUCAUGGGCGGUCGAGACCCACUCGCACCAUCUACAAACAUGCCCGCCUGGACAUCUGUGGGCGCCAAUGCUGCCAUGCUUCCGAUUCUCCGGUUCCCCGCACCAAAAGCCAGUGAGGCAGUGUAUCAACCAGUAAUGGAAUCAAGACACCCAUCAUUGACACGAUGUCGUAAAUGGGAUAACGUGGGAUAUCAGUAUGCGCCCGUUGACGAUGCCGCGACUGUAGCCGCGCGGAAGCGAGACUCCGCCGGCCUCACCAAAACGGUGGUCGUCGUAACCAUGGCUUUACUGGUCACCAUUGUGAUCAUUGAAGCAUGCUUGAUAGUUGGAAGCUUACUACUUCGGCAACGCUUGCAGCGGAUCCAC